AGAAAAAGUCAAGAAAAUCAACAUAGGAAAUCCUUGAGAUUCUGAUCUGAUAUCUGCAUUCGUAUCUCUCUUUCCCUUCUGUCAAAUAUUUUGCGUAUCUUCUUGAAAUCAACACCAUAUCAUCAUGUCAUUCCCUUCAUAUAAUAACCUCACAAACACCAACCAACAUAACCCAAAUUCUUCACAUCUACACAAUUCACAAAUUAAAAAAUCAUCAUAUUGGACAUGGCACAAGUUGCAACAAUGGAUCAUCAGUUUCAUGUUCUAGCUGUUGAUGAUAGUAUUAUUGAUAGAAAACUCAUUGAAAGGCUCCUCAAGACUUCUUCUUACCAAGGUACUUUGAUAUUUCAUCUUUAUUUUCCCAAAAAAAAAAAAAAAAUUAUGUCAACUGUUGGAUCUUGGUUUCUAUUUUUUUUUUCUUCUAUGUUUGUAGUUACUGUUGUGGAUUCAGGAAGUAAGGCUCUAGAGUAUCUUGGAUUGUCAAGCGAUGAGAAUGAAGGAGUAGAAAUUGACCAUUCUCAUGUAAGAGAAAUUGGAAUCAAUUUGAUUAUUACAGAUUAUAGCAUGCCUGGAAUGACUGGUUAUGACCUAUUGAGAAAGAUUAAGGGAUCAUCGUCUUUAAAAGACAUCCCAGUAAUAAUCAUGUCAUCAGAAAAUGUUCCAUCAAGAAUUAAUAGAUGUUUGGAAGAAGGAGCUGAAGAAUUUUUCCUAAAGCCAGUCCAACAAUCAGAUAUGAAUAGAAUUAAGCCCCAUUUAAUGAGGGAGAAAAGACAGAAAGUAACUCCAAAUAGUCUCAAAAGAAAGGCUAUGGUAGAAUGCAUAUCUCCUGAGAAAACAAGAAAAUACAACAAUUUGUGUGGCAUCUUUUGGCAGAACAUUUGUGAGUAAAGGGAUGUCAAAUUCCUUGAGAUAAUUUUAACAACAAGGAUUUUCCUCUUCAAUGGAAGGAAAAUCUAAGAGAAAAAAGGCCACGGUUCGAGAGGAGGAAAGAGGGAGAAUUUUCUCGGGAAAAUUUUGGACUUCGAUACCAAGAAAAUGAAUGCAAGACAUGGACUUCGGAACAUAUUUGUCACAACGAUGUCCUUAAAAGUCAUCCUGGACCUAUAGAUGCCAAUGUCCAUACAAUUUGAAACAAUUGUUUUUUUCCAGAUUACAUACUUGUAAAUGUUUAAGAUGAUUAAAAUAUGUAAUUCUGGAUUAGAUGGCAAGGGAAAUGGAUUAGCUCUUUGUGUUGAGAGACAUGAUCCAAGUUCCAAGUGAUUUUGUAAAGUAGAUUCACAGUGAAGCUAUUGUAAUUAAUCAGAUCUGAUUUGGGUCUAAUUUUUAUCCUGCGGAUAUACAUAAUUCAUAUUUCCUUUUUGCUUUGAGAAA